AACUACUGAAACCCCUACUUAGAUGUGAAUUAAAUGCAACUACCACUAUACCACUAGUUAAAUUACUAGCUAGUUGCACUACGUGUGUAGUUCCUCGCCAACAUUUCUGACAGAUUUUGGUGCGGAAACUGUAGAAGAUGUAAUUUAAAACCCUUCACCGACACACGUCGGAUUUGGGCACGGAAAGAGCCUCGCCUGCUGCAUCUUAAGGGGGGGUUAAACAUUUUGGAGAAAGACAUUUUUUACUUAGUGCUGACGCGGACUGGGAGCUGGAGCAGCCGACUGGACUGUAAACUCCACCAUGUUUCUUUGGGUUUUAGUCUUAGUGGCCUUCGUUUCCAGAACAGAAUGUUAUUUUUCGGAGGAAAAAUAUCAAGAAGAAUCGAAAAUUCAGCAGCCAACGAUUAUUAUUGCGAUCAUUGCUCGGAACGCGGCGCAUUCUUUGCCAUACUACCUCGGAGCGUUGGAGAGGCUGAACUAUCCCAAAAACCGCAUCUCAGUAUGGGCAGCUACAGAUCACAACGCGGACAACACUACAGCUGUUCUGAAAGAAUGGCUGACUGUCAUGCAAAAGUUCUAUCACUAUGUGGAGUGGAGGCCCAUGGAGCAUCCUACGUCCUACCCAGGAGAGAUGGGGCCUAAAUACUGGAGCAACGGCAGAUAUGAAUACCUGAUGAAACUUAAACAGGCUGCUCUCAACUUCGCCAAGACACGCUGGGCUGACUACAUACUGUAUGCAGACACAGACAACAUCUUGACCAACCCAGAGACCCUCAACCUCCUGAUAGCAGAGAACAAGUCUGUGGUCGCCCCCAUGUUGGACUCCCAGGGAGCCUACUCUAACUACUGGUGCGGCAUCACGCCACAGGGUUACUACCGGCGUACGGCUGAGUAUUUCCCCACCAGACACCGCCACCGGCUGGGCUGCUACCCGGUGCCCAUGGUCCACUCUACCUUCCUGCUGGACAUGAGGAAGACGGGCAUGAAGAAGCUGGCCUUCCACCCCCCUCACCAGGACUACUCCUGGCCCUUCGAUGACAUCAUCGUCUUCGCCUUCUCCUGCCGCGUCUCAGAGGUGCAGAUGUACCUGUGCAACAAGGUGAGGUAUGGAUACCUGAACGUCCCAGCCAAGCCUCACCACACCGUAGAGGACGACAGCAUCAGCUUCAGCCACCUCAUCCUGGAGGCCAUGAUUGACGGACCCUCCAUGGCCCCCUCCAAAUAUGUCAGCCUCUUCCCCAAACGGAGAGACCUCAUGGGCUUUGAUGAGGUGUACCUGAUCAACCUGCGCCGGCGUCAGGACCGUAGGGACAGGAUGCUGUACUCUCUCAACGAGCUGGAGAUAGACGUCAAGGUGGUGGACGCCAUAGAUGGAGGAGCGCUGAACAGCAGUGAUAUAAAGAUCCUUGGAGUGGACAUACUACCUGGUUACUAUGACCCAUUUUCUCGCCGCACCCUGACCAAAGGAGAGGUGGGAUGCUUCCUCAGCCACUAUUACAUCUGGAAGGAGAUGGUAGACCAGCAGAUGGAUAAGGCUCUGAUCUUCGAGGACGACGUGCGUUUCCAGGCCAACUUCAAGCGGCGCGUGCUCCGUCUGAUGGAGGAGGCGGCGAUGGUGGAACUGGACUGGGACAUCAUUUACCUGGGCCGUAAGCAGGUGACGCCGGGUGACGAGGAGGAGGUGGUGGAGAACGUGAGGAACCUGGUGGUAGCAGACUAUUCCUACUGGACCCUGUCCUACGCCAUCUCUCUCCAGGGGGCCCAGAAGCUGCUCAACGCCGAACCCCUCUCCAAGAUGCUGCCCGUCGACGAGUUCCUACCCAUCAUGUACGACAAACACUUCAAUGAGGACUACAAGUCUCACUUCGCUAACCGCAACCUGCGGGCGUUCUCUACGCGCCCCCUACUGGUGCAACCAGCCCACUACGCCGGGGACCCCGAGUGGGUGAGCGACACGGAGACGUCCACGCUGUGGGACGACGACAACGUGCGAACGGACUGGAGGGGCUCCCACAAAACCCUGAAGGGGGCACCUCAAUCCGACAUGCUGCAGGCAACGUAUAAGGAUGAGCUCUAGUUGAACCGUAUUAGUGCCUGGUUCACACUGUAGGGCCCAACUCCAACCGUACUGGGCUGACUCGGAUGCUGUCUUUUCACGUUGUUCUUUUUACAGCACGGUUCCAGAAACUAAAGGAGCCAGCACAGAUCGGAUCGGUUUGGCCUCAGUAGUGUGAAAAGUGUAAUGGGUUACUGGUUAUAGCGUCACUGUUGACAGAGAGGAAGAUAUCUGCUAUUCACAAGUGCCUUCAUUUCUGACUGUAUAUUUCGACCAUUUUGUACUUGGUAUGUCUGUCCAUAGUCACUGGGAAUGACACCCGGAUAUACAUACAGUAGUGAAGCCGGCUGAGGCUCCAGAGACUUGGUCUGCUCACAUCAAGUGACCCCAGACCUGUUUUCAAAGUGUUUGUGUGUGUGUGUGUGGCUUUGUUUGUGUAAGGAUGCUGCCGUUUUUAUAUAUGGCUCAUGAACAUUGUCCUUGGCUGUCCAUCUGUGCACCCACUGAACAUUCCAGGGUCUGGGCUCACCUCACUGUGCACUUAGUCCCUGAGGGUCGGGCGACAGAAAUACCGGAGGGAACCAUUCUCUUUUAUAUCCCAUUCUACUCUUAUUCAGUGUAUUGUGAGAACAGACUUAAAAGGUUUUCUUAAUUUAGUAAAGUAACUACGUACAAGUUGAACUGCGAGCCCUCACACGAGGUAAGGAUCCUGUAGCUAGCAGUGUGAAUGAUCUAUGAUAGGAGCAGUGUCUCUCUCUCUCUAUGCCUGACCUCGUGGUAGAGUCUCUCACUAGAGUGGACAGAAGUCAACAGAGCAGAGAGAAGCCUACCAAUUUAGGUGUUGUUAAUGGUGCCAAUUGCUACAGCGAUCAUGUUACAAUCUGACUGAGCUCAUUGGUAUUGGUUUGUGUUGGUGUUUUAUAAAUGCAUACAAAUUCCAUUAUUUGUACAAUUCUUAUAUACAGUUUUCCUUAUUUAUUUUUAGCAUUAUAUUGUGAUUUUUGAAUGCACAAUAUUAAACCCAAGUGCAAUGUCUUAUGGGUCGUUUUUUUGUCAAAAAAAUGAAUGUACACUGAGUGUACAAAACAUUAGGAACAUACUUAAUAUUGAGUUGCACUCCCCCUCCUUUUGCCGUCAGAACAGACUCAAUUUGUCAGGGCAUGGACUCCACAAGAUGCCGAAAGCGUUCCACAGGGAUUCUGGCCCAUGAUGACUCCAAUGCUUCCCACAGUUGUGUCAGGGGUGGACCAUUCUUGAUACACACCGGCAACUGUUGGGCGUGAAAAACCCAGCAGCGUUGCAGUUCUUGACAUUCAAACCGGUGCACCUGGCACCUACUACCAUACCCGUUCAAAGGCACUUAAAUCUUUCGUCUUGCCCAAUUGUCUCAAGACUUAAAAAUCUUUCUUUUAACCUGUCUCUCCUCCCCUUCAUCUACAAUGAUUGACGUGGAUUUAACAAGUGACAUCAAUAAGGGAUCAUAGCUUUCACCUGGUCAGUCUGUCAGAGAAAAUGUUUUGUUCACCCAGUGUUUAUGUCAAGCAAAAGUAGCACAUUUUGUCAGGAGCCUUGCUUGUGCCAAAAGUGUUAAAAAGGGAUGUGACAAUUAUGUAACUUAAUUGUUUAUACAUGAAUAAAAAUCUACUUCAUUUUUUAUUAUAA